AUUGCCUUUGUCUUCUUCUUUUCAGCUGACAUUAUCUCUACGGUAGAAUUCAACCACACGGGAGAAUUACUAGCGACAGGGGACAAGGGGGGUCGGGUUGUAAUAUUUCAACGAGAGCAGGAGAGUAAAAAUCAGGUUCAUCGUAGGGGCGAAUACAAUGUUUACAGCACAUUCCAGAGCCAUGAACCCGAGUUCGAUUACCUGAAGAGUUUAGAGAUAGAAGAAAAAAUCAAUAAGAUAAGAUGGCUCCCUCAGCAGAAUGCGGCCUACUUCCUUCUGUCUACUAAUGACAAAACUGUGAAGCUCUGGAAAGUCAGCGAGAGAGACAAGAGGCCAGAAGGCUACAAUCUGAAGGAUGAGGAAGGCCGGCUCCGUGACCCUGCUACCAUCACAACCUUACGGGUGCCUGUCCUCAGACCCAUGGACCUGAUGGUGGAGGCCACCCCUCGAAGAGUAUUUUCCAACGCACAUACUUAUCACAUCAACUCCAUCUCUGUCAACAGCGACUAUGAAACCUACAUGUCAGCUGAUGACCUGAGGAUUAACCUAUGGAACUUUGAAAUAACCAAUCAAAGUUUUAGUAUCCUUUUCCUUGUGGUCACUACCAGUUGGCCUGAGUCAGUAUUCAGGUAUGAGCAGGCUUGUGGGAUAUGGAAUAGGAGUGAAUAAUCACAACUACCAUGC